AGUGCGGGGGCGUGGCGGCGCCGCCGUCGCCGCGCAGGAGGAGGGAGCGGUGGCGGCGGCGGCCCGGCCCGGUGCCGGGAGCCAUGCGGCGGCCGUAGCCAUGCAGCGCGCCGAGCUGCGCGACGGGGAGGCGGCAGCGGCCGCCGCCGCCUCCUACCGGGUGCUCAGCCGCCUGCUGGGCUAUGGGGCCGGGCCGGAGGCGGGCGCGGCGGGCGGCGCCGUUACCGGCGCGGCGGGGCCGCUGGGCCCCGGGCGGCUGCCGGCGCUACCGGGCGGCGGGACGCUGCGCUCCCCGCGGCCUCCGCCGCAGCUGAUGGUGUUCCGCAACGCGGCGGAGGGCCGGCCCGGCGAGGAGGGCGGCCCGGCGGUGGGAGGCGGGGGCCCGGGCCCGGCGGGCGGCGGCGGCGGCGGCGCGGAGCUGCUGUGCCCGCGGCACCGCUGCGCCCUGGAGCCCAAAGCCGCGGCGCGCUGGGGGGCGGCCCCGCCGGGCGGGCUGGAGCUGCAGCUGGCGGCGCUGGGGCUGCGACCGCCCGGGCUUGGAGCGAAGGCACCGGCGGGGCCCCCCUGCCCGUGCCUGGGCCCGCCGCCCCCCGCCGGGCCCGCCGCCGAGGAGACCAGCGACGCGCUGCUGGUGCUGGAGGCGCUGGAACCCGACGAGGCCGGGAGCUGCUCCGAGGAGGAACCGGGAUCCCCCGGGCGCGGAGCCGCCCGCGCCGCCGGGAGAGGAGCCGCCGGCCCCGCCGCGCCGCCCCCCGCCGCCCCCGGGGGAGCCGGUCCCGGCGGCAGGAAGGGCUCCUUGAAGAUCCGCCUCAGCCGCCUGUUCCGCACCAAGAGCUGCAGCGGCGGCUCGGCCACCGGGGACGGCGGCAGCGAGGGCCGGCGCGGCGGGGACCUGCCUGCCUCGGCCGGGAGCCUGACCGACGUGUGCGGGGCCCGCGGCCGGGAGCAGGAGCCGGGCAGGAAACACAGACUGACAAGAACUCAAAGUGCCUUUUCCCCGGUUGUCUUCAGCCCCCUCUUCACAGGUGAGACGGUGUCGCUGGUGGACGUGGACAUCUCACAGCGCGGACUGAGCUCCCCCCACCCCCCGACGCCGCCACCGCCGCCACGGAGGAGCCUCAGCCUCUUGGACGACAUCAGCGGGACGCUGCCGGUGCUGGUGGCUCCCAUGGGUUCGUCCCUGCAGUCCUUCCCUCUGCCACCGCCGCCCCCGCCGCACGCCCCAGACGCCUUCCCGCGGAUUGUCCCUCUGCGGGGGACAGAGGGGCCCCCCGGCCAGCCCGUCCCGCACCUGCAGUGCCCGCUCUACCGCCCGGACUCCAGCAGCUUCGCAGCCAGUUUGCGAGAGCUGGAGAAGUGCGGGUGGUACUGGGGACCCAUGAACUGGGAGGACGCCGAGAUGAAGCUGAAGGGGAAGCCGGAUGGGUCCUUCCUGGUGCGAGACAGUUCGGACCCGCGGUACAUCCUGAGCCUGAGCUUUCGGUCGCAGGGCAUCACCCACCACACCCGCAUGGAGCACUACAGAGGGACCUUCAGCCUGUGGUGCCACCCCAAGUUUGAGGACCGGUGCCAGUCGGUGGUGGAGUUCAUCAAGAGGGCCAUCAUGCACUCCAAGAACGGGAAGUUUCUUUACUUCCUGCGCUCCAGGGUUCCGGGUCUCCCUCCAACGCCUGUCCAGCUCCUGUAUCCCGUCUCCAGGUUCAGCAACGUCAAAUCCCUUCAGCACCUUUGCCGCUUUCGGAUCCGGCAGCUGGUCCGGAUCGAUCACAUCCCCGAGCUGCCGCUGCCCAAGCCCCUGAUCUCCUACAUCCGCAAGUUCUACUACUACGACCCGCAGGAGGAGGUGUACCUGUCGCUGAAGGAAGCUCAGCUCAUCUCCAGACAGAAGCAGGACACCGAAGCCUCCACGUAGCGAGUCCAACUCGCCCGUCUUGUGGCUGUCCAUGAUGGUACAUCCCGUGCUCGCUCUCAUGCCCAACCAGCCGCAGCCUGAUCAGCAGGCUGAUCCCUCUCUCCUCCCAGCAGGAGCUGCUUUGUCGCCAUCCCGUGCCCGCUGUGCUGGGAGGAGACACGCCACGGCGAAGCUGUUCCUGCGGUGCCGCUCCUGAGCUCCGUUGUACAGAGAAGGGGGCUCCGGGCUCCCGAGAAGCGCAGCAGAGCGGGAGCGAGAGCCGCGGCUCCGGCGGCGAGCGGAGUCUCGGCGACACUGCGCCCCGCUCGCGCAACAAAGAAUGUCAUGGCACUAUUUACGAUUUUUUGAAAGCUUUUUUUUUAAUUAUUAUUAUUUUUGAUGUCUUUUUUUUUGUUUUUGUUUUCAGCAUGAGAAUUAACUGUCUUAUGAUCAGCUGAAUUUUAUGGUUUUUAUCCUCCCUUGGAAACUUCAAGGUGGGGAGAGAUAGAGGAGGGGACUCUUGGGGAAGAUCAUCUGCUCCAGGAGGGAUGGCAAGACUGUUCUUGGGCCCUCGCUGAGCUGGGAUGGAGCUGGAGAGCUGGGACGGAGCUGGAGAGCUGCUUGGGGACCGACUGAGCCAGAACCACCUCCAGCUCCGUGGAAUUAACCCCUGGGGAUCACGCAGCUCCGAACAGCUGCACAGCUCCCCAGCUUUCUAGGAUUUGGGAGGAGAGAACCAGACCUGGUUUUGUGCAGCUAAGCUAUGCGGAACGCUCAUGUGCUUUUAAGCUGAGCCUAAGAAAGGAAGAGUGUGUGAGCCAUUUGGAUGUCCCGGAGCCUUCUGCCAAAGGGAACGGUUGGUGCUGCUGCCUCUGCAAACACUAGAAGAUUUCGUGGAACCCACCGAUAAGUGGAAUGGGAUCCUGAAGCUGCUGCUGCAGCCGUGGGCCGAAGGUGCUUGCUGCAGCGAUCUCCGUCUCUCAGAGCUGUGGGGUUUGCACUCUCAGCCUUUCUCUGGCCGCCUCCCGAAGCUGUGGGUGAAUCGAGUGGCUUCUGUUGAGCGGUGGAGGAUGCUGAGCAGGAGCCACUGGGGCGUCGAGUCAUCUCUGGGUGUCUUGAAGCAAGAAGCAGACGACUCAGGGUCCUUCUGGAGCGGCAGCUGAUCCCCCUGAGCUUGCUUGCUGCUUCCCCUCUCCACAUAACCACAGCAGCUCAGAAACAGCGACACUAAGAGAGGUCGGUGCCUCUUGCUGUGUUUCUGGGCUUAGCACUGGCUGCAAGACCCCCCCACACCUUCAGAUCCCGGCCUGCUGUUCCAUCCGCCACAUGGGUUUAAAGUUGGCCUGAAGUGAUGCUGAGGAGUCUGGAAAAGCACCUUUUCCUCCUGGGUUUGAACGAGCGGGUGUCCCUGUGCUCUCCAGGUCUCCGGAUCCCAGAUCCACACCCUCAGGAGCUGCUGGGACUUGGGUCUUGCCCUGCAGAAUGACGAUUUAAUGUCCUUGAAUUCGACACAGUCGUGUGGGUUUUAAAGCAGCCCGGAAACAUUCCGAUUGUCCGUCCCCGCCAAGUGUUGCUGUGAGGGGUGCUAAGAAUCCCACCCCCCUUUCUUCACCGUCACCUCUGGCCUCUGUUUUGGUCUUGGACAAAAAAGUACAUUUUUUUUAUAAAGGAUUUGACUUCCAGAUGAAACUAAUAACAAAGCUUCAAAACCUGUAGAAAUACCUCAUGGGACACAACUCACUACUGACUUUGCGUUGCGUUGUCGGGGCGAUGCUGCCCCAAAACCAGCAUAUCCUGACCCUGGGGGAACUGGGGCUGAUGUGGUCUCCAGCCUCCAUGUCCCCUCUGUUUGGGGACCAGCGUUUGUCCCCCUGCUGUAAACCUGCAGCUCACCCCGAGUUAGCGGCAGAGCCCGCGAAUUAACGCAACUGCUUUGGUUGAAACGCACAGCGAAUGUCAGGGGAGGGGAAAAGCACCUGUGCUUGUGCAGGUGAAGUGUGAACACCCGCACACGCGACCCUGCUGCCCCUCUCUGUGCUGGAGAUUUGAAUCUUCCAACUUAUCCUUGUGCUGGAAAGGAAAAAACCUUCCUGAGCGCCGAUCCUGGGCUGAUACCUGAAGUGUCGAGCUCCGUGCCCGUGAUAAAUGGUGUUUAUGUGUGUCCUGCAAAGCUUCUCCUCCAAAAAGAGACCCCGGAGGCAAGAAUGUGAUGGGUGAUGAGCUGCCAGUCUCUUAAAGCCAUGGAGAAGCCGGUCCUGUCCCUGUCUCCCUCUUCCUGACCUGGGAUGGAGACAGCGCUGGCUGCUUUGGGAAGGGAGAGCAGCUGAACUGGGGAAACUGGUGCUCACUGGGAAUGGCGCAGUGUCCGUCCUGCCCAUGUGGGGCUUGAAACGCACAACCCUGAGCCAUGCUGCUGUCCUGCACCGCUCUGUCCCUGUGUCCCCAAUGGCUCCCUGUGUCCCCAAUGGCUCCCUGUGUCCCCAAUGGCUCCCUGUGUCCCCAUGUUCUCCGUGAUGGUGCACGGGGCAGCUCUACCGCGUUCAGACCCAUUGAAGCAGUGGCCAGACUUUAGGGGUGAUACUUGAAUUCCACAUCUCCAGCGGGCUGAUUUUGGGGAGAAUUUAGGUUUUCUGUUAAUCUGAACCCUGUGCAUGGUGGGGACAGCCCCCCCACCAAUUGGAUCCAUCUACAAUAGCUGGAAUGAUGGAGGAUAAGCAUGUUCUGGGGCGCUGGGCUGGUGGGACACUGGUGUGUCACCCUGGAGUGUGUCCCCAUGGUGGACACUCCUCAGCUGAGGGGUCCGAGCUGCUCUUUGGGUGUGGAAAAGGUCCAGAGCUCGGUUUGGGGGUGAGCAGAGGGGUCUCUGCUGGGGGGGACGAUGGUUUUUGUGGGUUCAGACAGCUCGGUCCAUUCCUGCCCAUGAACCCCCAUCCCUGGUUGGGCGGGAUUGCUGCCCCGUGUGGGUUCGGAGCUUGGUUCCGGAAGAUGCUCUCAUCCUGCUGAUUCACAGCGUCCUUUGUCCAACCUUGAAUUCUGCAGAGGUUGUCACCGUCCCCCUCCAUCCACCAGGGACCGGCGGUGGGUGAGCGAUGAAACAGGCCAUGAAAACUACCAAAGCGUGGAAAAAAGCGCCUUUUUCAGCUGGAUGGGUCGGACCUGCUUGGCAACACCCCGUGGCUUCUCACCCUUGGUUUGGGUGGGAAGUGCUGGUUACGUAUCUGGCCCCUUUUUAAACCCAAUAAUAGGGUUUUUCACAGGGAUUUAUGUCAUUGUGACGGUGUGGGGAGCCAGGCGGGGGCUGCAGGUGACGCUUGGGGCUGAACCCUCAUCAGGGAGCGUUUUGGGGAGGAAACGGCUGAAAAGGAGCAGAUUUGGGCUGCUGAUGAGCACCAGGACUCUCCAACCACCCUUUGGUAGAAACGCAGCUUUUGCUUAAUUUUAUCUUCUUUUUUCUUAAUUUUUUUUUUUUGGUGUGUGCUUAAUUUAUUAAAAUAGUCGCUGUAUAAUUUAUUUUCAUAAACUAUAUUAAAAAGUUACUAAAUGGUAAAAAAAAGAAAAACAAAGCGGACUUGCAGGCCAAUCUUUCAGAAGAAGAAAAAAAGAUGUUUUUUUGAUAUAAACACAACAAAUGCACUUUUGGGUGUGUUUGGUUAUUUUGGGGGCUGGGGGGGGGCCUGGCUGUACCUGUGGGUUUGUCUGUAUAUAUUGUAUUAAUAGGCAUGUUUGGCCUCUCGUGUGAGCCGUUCGUACCUGCUGCAGGUCCCGUGGGGGAAGCUGGUGUGAAGUUCCCACAUUUUGGGGUUUCUUUGGGGUAUUUUGGUUUGGUUUGGGUUUUUUUUUUAAGUGACUCCUGUGUUUGUAACUCAUUUCUAGCGUCGUUUUGGUUGAUUUUUAUUUUCGGCUGAGGGGGCGGGAAGGGAAGAGAGCGAGGGUUUGAAAUAAUAAAAUCGUUGGAAAUUGUU